CUCGUAUAUCCGAAUCAUCGUCAUGGCGGCGGUGCCGUUGCCGGUCCUGGCCGAGCUCCAAAAGCUUCGCGACGAAGUAGCGCGUCUUCGACAGGAGAAAGGGCAGGGCGACUCGUUGGUGCACUUGUUGCAGGAGCAGAACAGCCGCAGCAGCGAAGAAAUCUUCGACUUGCACGCCCAGAUCGUCGCCGUGGAAGCCGAGGCCGCGUACAAGUGUGAGCAGAACGAGUUGUCCAUGCAGCAUCAGCUCAAACGGUUGGUCUCGCACACAACCUUCCUCCAAGAGGAAAAAAAGUCCGCCGAGCGCGCGCGACAGGUGCUGGAAACCCAACUCAAGCAGCUUCAGACCACCGCGCAAUUAGAGCACAAGCGCCUCGAAGCCGGCAAGCGACUGCUCGAGACGUCCAAGCGCAAGCUCGAAGCCGAGAAGGUUCACAUGUCCCAGCAACUCUUCUCCCAAGCGACCCCUCCUCCAUCGUCUUCAUCGAAACGUCCUCGCGUCGAUGCGGCGGCGGCGGCGUCAAGAGUGUCAACAUCUGAAAAAUGCUUUCAAACCGAUCCAUUCACUCCACUUGCAGUGGAAAACAGUGACCUGAUCGGAAAACUGCUGCAAAUGUCAUCGGACCUGACGAUGCUUCUCCAACCCCAAACUCCCCAUAGUACGCCUGUGACUUCUAACUUGGACAUUUCCGACGACCUGAGCCAGCUCAUGCCUCAGUUCUCCCAAUGGCAGCCUCAAAUGUCCUCUAACGUCCCCCCCUAUCAUUAUCACUCGGAGCAUUUCGACUCUUCUUCCCAUCUGUCCAAAGCCGCCGCCGCCGUCCAUUUGACUAAGGCGGUCGCGGCCAUGUUGGCAGGCACAGUGUCAGCUGUGGCGAUGGUGGCACCCCUGCUUCAGUAUUUACAGCCUCCAAUUGACGCGACUGCUGUCGUGUGCAGUGCCUUGCGUGUGUUGUACGCACUGCUCCAAUGCAGCCCCCGCCUCCACCACCUCUUUCAACGGCCACCACCACCAGCCAAUCAACGAUCGUUUAGUCGCAUCGUUGGCCAAUCACCGGCGACCACGUCGGCCCUCCACUCCCUCCGCCAUCGAUCGACUCUUUGCAACGACGUGCCAGAGGAACUUUCCAAGAACGUUCUUUUCACACUGGGCCGACUCGUGCCUCUGGUGACUGCAAACCCGUGGACUUUGCAGUCGAUGCGCAUUCAAACUGAGCUCUUUGGAGUGCUUUCGUACUUGGUGGGUCUCUACAGCCAAGACACUAACAACAACAGCGCCGCCUUGGAACACAAGUCCUCAAAACCCACCCACCCACCUUUGAUUGAUCCUCCAACUCAUCACGGCACGGCCUUCCACUCGGUGAUUUCUCCCACUUGCGACCUCAUCACCACGUUCCUCUCCGACCACCAGGCUAGUACUACUAGUAGUAAUACUAGCUCCACCACCGAUGAGGGUACGAUGGUGGACAUGAGCGAGAAAGUGGUCGUUCAAGCCGUGGGGGUGCUCUGCCAUGUGAUUGCAAUUCCCGACUGUCUACCGCUCGUGCUGCCGCACUUGGGCAAGUGGUGGAGCCUGCUUUUUCCUCUUCAUUCUUCCAACACAUUGAAUCAAUCGAGCCAGUCAUAUUGGACAGUGCACGUAGCAGUGCUUGAGCUCAUGCAGGCCAUCACGACGUUAUAUCCGUCGCAUGCGUGGUAUAUGGACCAUCCCGAGGCUGUGGAUGGCCUGUGGGACUUCGUCAAGCGACGGUGCAAGGCGGCAGGUUUCACAGCCUUGUCAUUGGGUUCUGUUCAAAGCUCUACAAGAAAAGAUGACGUGGUGAAGCUGGCUCUCAAGAUGCUGGCCAUGGAGGCGGUCGUGUCCAAGCGAUCUGUGGUUGGGGAUGGGUGGUUCAACCAGCACUUGGUCGCCGACGUCAUCCAGCAACUCCAACCCACUGGUGACGACAAGCUAGUAUUACGACUACUCGUACCGUGGAUGCGGGUCUUGCCCCCCAAAUAAUUUUUAAUCGAUUCAAGCAAGCAGCUA